GUCGCUCCCCGUGACACCGACGCUAUAUAAGUCGUUUCAACGGAUUUUCCGGCGUUAUUAUUCGUUCGGCAAGCCUCUUUACCGGUCGCGCUGAACGACGACUGACAUUUAUUUAAUUAACUUAUUCCUACGUUAAGUUCAACAAAACUCAAUUCAAAAUGCGUGAGUGCAUCUCCGUACACGUCGGUCAAGCCGGAGUCCAAAUCGGCAAUGCCUGCUGGGAGCUCUACUGCCUGGAGCACGGCAUCCAGCCUGAUGGUCAGAUGCCAACAGACAAGACCAUCGGCGGUGGUGAUGACUCCUUCAACACCUUCUUCAGCGAGACCGGAGCUGGCAAGCACGUGCCCCGUGCUGUCUUCGUGGACCUCGAGCCCACUGUAGUUGAUGAGGUACGCACAGGCACAUACAGACAAUUGUUCCACCCUGAGCAACUUAUCACUGGCAAAGAAGAUGCUGCCAACAACUAUGCUCGUGGGCAUUACACCAUUGGAAAGGAGAUUGUUGACUUGGUGCUGGACCGUAUCCGCAAGCUCUCUGACCAAUGCACUGGCCUUCAGGGAUUCCUCAUCUUCCACUCCUUUGGUGGUGGUACUGGCUCAGGUUUCACUUCCUUGUUGAUGGAACGCCUUUCGGUCGACUAUGGCAAGAAGUCGAAGCUGGAAUUCGCCAUCUACCCUGCUCCCCAGGUCUCCACUGCCGUUGUAGAGCCAUACAACUCCAUCUUGACCACCCAUACCACCCUGGAACAUUCCGACUGCGCUUUCAUGGUCGACAACGAGGCUAUCUAUGACAUCUGUCGCCGCAACUUGGACAUUGAACGCCCGACCUACACCAACUUGAACCGCUUGAUCGGCCAGAUCGUUUCUUCCAUCACGGCCUCUCUGCGUUUCGAUGGCGCUUUGAACGUCGACUUGACCGAAUUCCAGACCAACUUGGUCCCCUAUCCUCGUAUCCAUUUCCCCCUGGUGACUUACGCACCCGUCAUCUCUGCCGAGAAGGCUUACCACGAACAAUUGACCGUCGGCGAGAUUACCAACGCUUGCUUCGAGCCUGCCAACCAGAUGGUCAAAUGCGACCCUCGUCAUGGAAAGUACAUGGCUUGCUGCAUGUUGUACCGUGGUGAUGUCGUCCCCAAGGAUGUCAACGCCGCCAUUGCUACCAUCAAGACCAAGCGCACUAUCCAAUUCGUCGACUGGUGCCCAACUGGCUUCAAGGUCGGCAUCAACUACCAGCCACCAACUGUCGUUCCGGGUGGUGACUUGGCCAAGGUUUCUCGCGCCGUGUGCAUGUUGUCCAACACUACUGCCAUCGCCGAGGCCUGGGCUCGUUUGGAUCACAAGUUUGACUUGAUGUACGCCAAGCGCGCUUUCGUCCACUGGUACGUCGGUGAGGGUAUGGAGGAAGGUGAAUUCUCCGAGGCCCGUGAAGAUCUUGCAGCUCUCGAGAAGGAUUACGAAGAAGUCGGCAUGGACUCCGUCGAGGGUGAAGGCGAGGGGGCAGAAGAAUAUUAAACGCGUAAGGCGUGCCGGCACACGCACCGAUACACAUUCCCGGUGAUGAAUAAAUGAGAAAUUAUGUUCA